AUGAAUAUUACAAGUGAUGAAGACGAUGAUGGCAACAUCAUCUGGCUAAAGAGUUCAAAGGACCAGAUUAAGAUUUUCAUCUCAUUCUUGAUUGAUCUUGAUCUUGAUUUCGGUUGUACAAAGUGUAUUACAGAGGAAGAAUACGUAAAUUAUCGCGUUUGUUAUCCAAAUUGCAACUCAGCAUUAAGAACAGAUGAAGGUUUUGUAAAUAAAAUAUAUGAUGAUUAUCAUAUUAAAGACACUCCUUUGUUGGCAUUGAAUAUUGGUUUAGUUUCAAGGGAUGUCUCAAACGCAGCCAAUGCAGGAUGCCUCAAAAACAACAAAGAAGGCCAGAGACUAUUUUUCGAUUACUGGGAAGGAUGCCAAAUGUACAAUUUGCACAAAAAUAGUCAAAUACAGCGGAAACACUUCAAACUUUUGGAAACAUUUGGAAAGAACUCUGAACCUGACGCACAUCCAUCGUCAAAAUCCUGUAGUCUUUUAAGUGGCCAAGAUUUUCAACCGAGUCUCGAAACAUUUUUCGCUCGAGGAAAAUCAUAUGAAGCUGGUGGUCAACGAGCAGCUAGUUUAGAAGAAGCCCUCGUUUAUAUGGUGUGUGUGGACAACAUGCCACUGUCCACACCUGACAAGAAAGGUUUUCAGAACUUUUGCAAAAAGGCUGUACCACUGUGGAAACCCCCAGGCAGGCAAACUUUGACAAGGCGCAUCGAAGACAAAUACACUGUCAUAUCGGACAAGGUACGAAAAAUUUUCGCAGAGCUUCCCGCGAUUUGCCUCACAAUGGAUGCGUGGACAGAAAGUCACACCACAUCCAGUUACCUGGGGAUGACGGCCCACUAUCUGCAAGGCGAGUCGAUGCAGUCAGUGGUUUUGGGAGUGGAACUUUUGACUGAGCGGCACACUACUCAGUUUUUGACCCAAAAAUCGCUGGAGUUUUCCGAAAGUUGGGGGAUUGACGAAAGAAAAGUCUCCGCCAUUGUGACUGAUAACGCUCCCAAUAUCGUUGCAGCUGCGAAAGAGGCUUACGGGAGUAAUAAACAUUUGGGUUGUUUCGCUCAUAUUCUGAAUUUGAUACCUUCAGCUGCUCUUGGUACAAAAAAAGUAGAUAACGAGGCGAUCGAAAAUGUUCCGGGGGUACCAGAACUUAUAGCGAAAGUGAAAAAAAUCGUGAGAUUUUCACACGAUAGUUACAAUUUUGGAAACGCUAUAAAGCGAAUUCAAAUGGAGACAGGCAAAACCGAGGGGCAAGUCCUUCGACUUCUCCAGAGCGUUCCGACACGUUGGGGGUCGACGUUCAAGAUGUGCGACAGGUUUUUGCUACUUCAAGGAGUUAUUGCAGCAGCAGCAGUUGAAUUUUCGGAAGUCGAAAUGCAAAGCGGAUCGGAAUUAAAGACUCUGGGUGCAAUUCGGGAUAUCCUACAGCCCGUCCACCUUGCAACGACUGAAAUAUCGGAGGAGACAAAUCCAACGGCGAGUAAAGUUAUUCCGCUGAUUGCUUCGAUUUUCCGAGCAGUAGAAGCAGUUGAACUCCCUCACAAUAAUGAAAUGGCGCGAAAAUUCAAAACAUUUUUGCUCCAAGAGCUCAAAAGACGUUGUGGAAAUAUAGAGGACAAUAUGGUCAUGGCAAUGGCAACACUUGUGGACCCUCGAUUUGCGAAAAAACGUUUUCGGAGCGCUCUGUCAGCGUCCAGGGCGAUCACAUUCCUAGAGACAGAAAUCAUCAGAGAAAUUAAAAAAGAAAAUGCCGAAGUUCUGGAGCAAGAAGAAUCCUCAGGCAUUGACUCUUUUACUGGACCAGCCGCUAAAAAAGCGAAAAAUGUCCUUUGGGAGUACCAUGAUGAUGACGUCGAAAGCAGCAGAGCCAACAUGUUGGAGGACUUAAAAAAUGCGGCACGGGCAGAAAUCAAGGCCUACACAGAUAGAAAGCUAUCACCAAGAAACGCAAACCCAUUUGAGGAAUGGACGAAGAUUGCACAUCUGUAUCCUCAUAUCUAUAAGUUGGCCCGAGUUUACCUGCCCAUUUUGGCCACAUCGGUCCCUUCCGAAAGACUUUUCUCUCUCGCAGGGCUAAUCGUGGAUGAUCGAGGGUCUCGCCUCUCAUCUGAGCACUUGCAGCAAAGGAUCUUCCUAGCAAGUAUUGACGACAAAUUUUGGAACUGA